AUCAGGAUGACAGCUGAACGGGUUGUAAAGGUGCAGCAGUGCGGUCCGUAACACCAACAACAAUCAUACACGCGCUUUAAACUGAGAGGCCGACACAUUUUUUUUUCUCGUGUGUCGCAUUUUUUUUUUUUUACCAAACGUCGGACGUAGUUGAGUGUAACAAAGGACGCUAACCCAUAAUCUGGCGGAUAUUUCCUUUUCUUUACCAAGAGAGAGAAAAGAUCUGUCUCCGGAUGUGCCAGCAGUAUUGGGUUUUUUCGCAUGGCGUAGGCACCUUUUCUCUCGCAGGGUAUUGUUGAUGAUUGGAGGGUCGAAGGAGGCCCUCGGGUCGACAGCUUACCCCGUCAACAUUUGCUGUACUUCCAUUAUUAUCCGUUCGUGUGAGGAAUAAUCGACGAAAUGAUUGUGCAAUAGAGAGGAAGAGGCAUUGCAACCCGUCUUGACUACCUCAGUGUUGUGACUGGAGAGAUCAAGUCACCAGGAAUAAAUUGUCUUCUGCUCCGAUCCAGACAAGGACGUGUUUAAUCUAAGCCCGUGGGAGCUUUUACGAGGACAAGUAAAAAAAAAGAAAAAAGAAAAAAGGGAACAUUUGCGUCCGUUUUGUUUGUGUGAGUGCGUUUCGGUGCGCGUGAACCUCCGUGAGGACCAGGAAACCCUUCAAAAUGAGCAGCACCCCAGCGGACAUGAUAAACCUGCGGCUUAUUUUAGUCAGUGGGAAGACGAAAGAGUUCCUUUUUUCUCCGAACGACUCUGCAGCAGACAUUGCCAAACAUGUUUAUGACAACUGGCCAAUGGACUGGGAGGAGGAGCAGGUCAGCAGUCCUAACAUCCUGAGGCUGAUCUACCAGGGACGUUUUCUACACGGCAACGUAACACUAGGAGCUCUCAAGCUACCCCUGGGGAAGACCACAGUGAUGCAUUUAGUUGCCAGAGAGACUUUGCCUGAGCCAAAUUCCCAAGGUCAAAGGAAUAGAGAGAAGACUGGGGAGAGUAACUGCUGUGUCAUUCUGUAAAUACACACCUACGCUGCCAGCCCUCCACCCUUCUCAUCUGUUCAUGCCACCAAUGUCCUGGAUCUAGUGAGCUUGUCCCCUGUCCUGGAGCCUGCCCACAAUGCGGAUAUGCACAAAGACAAAUGCACACCUUUCCUUUUUAUCCCCUCAUGCACACAUUCUCACAAACAUAGGAAUCCAGUGGGAUCAGGCUGAUCCAAGACACAGAGCUGGGGAGCCAGAAUUGAUUAAGAAUAGAGUUGAUUCCUUUGUUGUACUUGAUUUGUUGUCAUAACUGAAAAGUAGAGGAAGGAACUGGAUUUGCAUGUUUUUUUUUUUUGUUUGUUUUUUUUUUUUUUUUAGGCCUUCUGCUAUUCACUUGUGCACAAGCACGCAUGAGCAGCACACAUACACACCUUAUCUAGCGAGCCUCAGCUAGUCUGUUAUGUCAUUUUCUAACUGGCUUCUUUUUCUGGCUGGUUGUCAUUGUAGUGCAGUGCCCAAGUUUGUGUGUGUGGCCUUGUUAUCUCAUUCAGAAUGCUGAGAAUUUGAACCACUAACAGCUCACCAACACACACACUGUGACACCCAGUCUCCACAUCCAACCAUAUGUGUUUGUGUGAAAUCCCUCAGUGCAGCAGACGAAGCGUUGAUGUGCCUGAUCAGAGAACUCAAACCAGAUCACACUCACUCACAAGCAGUAAACACACACACACACACACACACACACACAUACAUCUGUGUUCUUUUUACUGCCCUCCUUUACAUGUGCCCUCAAAGGUCGCAAGAGAGAAAUUACUAUUUUGUUUGCAGAGCACUGUACAGACUGAACACAUCCUGCUCUUUCAGUCCAUCUUCUUUUAGCCAAACAAAGCCUAGCAAGCAAACAAAUAGACAAACAAGCAGGGUUGAUGGUCUUGUUUUGGAUAUUUGUUUGUCCAUGACUUCUGUGACUGUGUUUUGACAGUCCAUGCAUAUUACUGACCGACUAGUGUUGUGAUUUACAAAUGGUAUGUCACUUUUCCUCCUUCUAUGAUGCACCAUCCUAGCCUCAUCAUCACCCUUUUCCUAUCAGUUUUGUGUAGGAUUUCUUCAACAGUCUUUUCAUAAGCAGAUAAAUCAACUCUGAAUGAAAAGGCUCCCCCCCCCCCCUUUUUUUGUCUUAAUUUACCUUUUUCUUUCUCUCCUUCAUUCAUGUUCUGCAUUAAGUCCAUUUUGCACAACUGAAGCAUGUCCUCCUUCAUCAGAUUAAUACAAAUGUAUAAAAAGUUUUAUUGUUUUAUUUUAUAUGUUUCCAAUGGAAGUUAUGCUCCAAACUUAGAUAACAUGUAGAAUAUAUUUAAUAUGAAUCUUAUAUAGAACAUGAUGACUUUAGAUCUUGGUGAUAUACAUUCUAUUGGUGUUUAGUCUGAUUGUGUAUACGGUUAGCUUCUAGCCAGUUCACAGUCACUCGCUGACAAUGUCUUGUGCUUAACAGCAGCAAAUCCUCCCUAAUCAUUGAUGGACUGAUGGAUUUUAUUCUUCUUUUUUGUGCUUUUUAGUUAUCUUUCCAUUUGUUCAUAAUUUAAUGUAAUCCUUUGUGGUUUUUUGCUUUAAAGAAUUGCUUUUUAACAGCACUAGGUCUUAAAAAAUAUUGUUUAUAUUGAUCAGGGUUUAAAUCUGUACAGAGAUAAACGUUUUCAAACCAAUUGUAAAUAGCACUAAUGCUCCUUCUUCUCCCUCCAGUCUCCAAAAUGAAAUACAGCUGUAAACUAAAUAAAGGUUAUUGAAGUGCA